AUGCCGCAUAAGCACAAGCGGAAGAGAGGCGACGAUGCUGACUUCAACUUACCGCCGUCGCAACGAGCAAUGCCACUUCCCGUCAAUUCUAAGAAAUCAGUUGUAUCGAAUGGCACGUCCAGGCAAGCAAAGAAGCGCCGCCAGGCAAAAACUGACGACGAUGCGCCUCGUGCCUUCAAGCGACUGAUGGCAUUCUCGUCCGGGAAAAAGUCCCACCCUGGUCUUGACAAUGGUAAUAAAAAACAGUCUACGACAAUAGAACCGAGCCAGCGAAGCGAACCGCUUCAAAUCAAGCCCGGCGAAGACCUGAGAGCGUUUGCGGCACGUGUAGAUGCUGCAAUGCCGUUGGCAGGCGUAUCGACAAAGUCGGGCAUCAAGGGAGGCAAAGACUUAGAGGGCAUCAAGGUCAAGAGAACCCGAAAAGAGCGCAAAAUGCACAAAUUAUACGACCAGUGGCGAGAAGAAGAGCAAAAGAUCCAAGACCAGAGGGAGGAAGAUAAAGAACUGGCGGUUGAGCGUGAACUUGAAAAUGACGGAGCAGGCAUCCUGCCGACAUCUUUUUUGGACGAUGAGGACGGCACUAAAAAGAAGAAGAAGGGGAAGCGUGGCAAAGAUGCCUCGGAUGACGAUCCUUGGGCAGACUUGAAGAAGAAGAGGGGAGAGGUGAAACAUAGCUUGAAUGAUGUGGUAGAGGCUCCCCCAGAGUUACACAAAAAGCAGUCUAGGCUUCUUAAGGUUGUAGGAACAGCAACAGUUAAUGUUGGAAGUACGCCAAAAGCUGCUGGCAGUCUGAGGCGGCGCGAACAACUCGAGGAGGAGAGAAAAGACGUGGUGGAGGCAUAUCGACGAAUUCGAGAGCAUGAGCAACGCAAAAUGGAGGCUCAAAGGCAAGGGAAGGCAGACAUAAUACACGUCUCGUAG